AUUUAUUACUACAAUUAUUUUUUUUUAUAAAAUGUCUUGGAGGAUCAUAUACCAAGUGGCGUAUACCAAGUAGAAUAUAAGGGGAAAUAAUUAAUAAGGACAAAAAUGAAAACGUAGCAACAAUAAAAUAAAAUAAAACAGAGAGAUUAUAAAUUAGUAAGAGCAAUUUCACAACUCUCACCACCUCAACUAAAAUUAGUUUCAAUCAAUGGCUUCUUCAAGGAAGAGUUUCCUUUCAAGAUCAAGUUACAUUUUUCCAACAAACUCAGAGACAGAAACAGAUUUCAAUCAAACAUCAUCAGAUGGAACAGAAUUUGAGUUUGAUGAAGCUGAUGUAUGGAACUAUUCUUCAAAUUCCAACACAGUGACAGAACAAAAAAAGGGUGUUCCAGGUUUGAAGAGAGUUUCAAAAAAAGUGGAAGCUAAUAGCAGAGUUAAUCCUAUAGCUUCAUCUUCUUCAUUGCCAAUGAAUAUUCCAGAUUGGUCAAAAAAUUUGAAGGAAGACUACAAAAAGAAGAAAGAGAGUAGUGAUGAUGAAGAUGAUGAUGGAGGAAUUCGUUUACCUCCUCAUGAGUAUCUUGCUAGAACUAGAGGAGCUUCUCUUUCUGUUCAUGAAGGGAAAGGAAGAACUCUUAAAGGAAGGGAUUUGUGUAGUGUCAGGAAUGCUAUUUGGAAGAAAGUUGGGUUUGAAGAUUGAUUUCAUUUUAUUUUUUAUGAUUGAUUUGCAUAAUGAAAUUAAUGGCUCUCCUUCAUUUUAAUUGUGUCUAGAGUUUUAACUUUUAAGAUUAGGAUUACUCUCAUCAUGCUUGUAAUUGUAAUUAAUUGUGUUAAAAAAAAAACUUUUAAUGCAUAGUACAUAAUUAUGUUUGA